AUGGCUGACACGGAGCAUGUCACUGUGGCGUCCAACAUUCUAGGAACUAUCGGAACGGUUCUCUGGUGCAUUCAGCUGAUCCCGCAAAUAUGGUAUAAUUGGCGACAGAAGAAGACAGACGGCCUGCCACCGUCUAUGAUGUUUCUAUGGGCUUCUUGUACGCUGCACUUGAAUUCUGCGUCGCGCAGUGCCCAUGGGAGCAUACUUGAUUCUCCAGAAAUGCUGACUUUUGUACUGCAGAAAGUGAAUAUACCGCUGCAAAUACAGCCGCAGAUAUUCGGCUUCUUUUCGCUAGUCAGCUGGGGCCAGGUCUUAUAUUAUAAUCACAACUAUAGCCAAGCCAAGGCAAUCUCCUUGGUAAUUGGCACAGCAGCACUGUUCGGUGGUCUUGAGGCGUUGCUGAUUCUCACAUUGCGAGUGUCACCUGGCCAGAUGUCGUCGUUGGCGUCGUUGCGGCUGUUCUGCUGGCUUCGGGGCUUCUACCGCCAUUGGUUCUUUUUGGCCAUUGAUACUUUGGGAGGACUCUUUUCUCUUUUUGCAUUAGCUGCGCAGGGCACAUUUGAUAUCCUCGGAGGGGUCAUGUACAUCAUAGUGGUCGUCCUGGAAGUCGGCAUCUACGCGAGCCAUAUCGUCUGGCGCUUUCGCUACCGGAAACUGCGAAAAGAAGCCAAAGCUGCUGGCGUCAGCAUUGAUGAGAUGCUGAAUAUGCGCGGGAAUGAGACUGACUGGGUGAAUGAUGCUGAGAAGAGGCCUGGCGAUAAUGAGAGUCAGAUUGCUGUGGACCAACGGCAAGUUUCAGCCGAGGUUGUAGAGCAGCCUGAAUUGAAUUAG